AUGAGUUUAGCACUAAGAGGAAAUUUAGGCUUUCUUAGAGGGAAAAAGGGAAGUGUUAAGAUACUCUGUUUGCCAGAAGAGAAGAAUGGAGAAGAUGGUGAACAGUGCACGAGACUUCUGGGUUUUUGCAAGUUAGAGAGAAAGUUAGAGAGAAAGCUUGCUCUCCAGGCGUGGGUUGUCUUGUGUUGGGUAGAAGGGGUCCUAUUUAUAGCUACUGGGAAUGGGUCUUCUCCAAGAAACCCUAAUGGUUUCUUUCCAAUCUAG